AUGCUUUCACAUCACAUCAAGAGAAGUAUUGCUUCACUCCGCCAACCAUUCAUCAACUCAGUUCACCAGAGAGGCAGCACAAUUUUCCAAUUUGGAGGAUCUGUGGCAACCUCGUUCAUCAGGAGAGAAUAUUCAACAUCGACCAUUGUUGACAAGUUACAAUUAGGAAAAUUAAAUCAUGUUGCAAUUGCUGUUCCCGAUCUUGAGAAAGCUGCAGCGUUCUAUAGAGACGUUCUUCAAGCAAAGAAAGUGAGUGAACCUCAAACUCUUCCAGAGCAUGGAGUUACGGUAGUUUUUGUGGAGUUGGACAACACAAAAUUCGAAUUGUUGUAUCCGUUCGGAGAAAAGUCGCCCAUUGCCGGUUUUCUUGCCAAAAACCCAUCCGGUGGCAUGCACCACGUUUGCAUCGAAGUUGCUGACAUUAAGAAAGCUCUAGCUGAUGUUGUUGGAAAGGGAAUCCGUAGUUUAGAUAAGGAACCAAAGAUUGGAGCGCACGGCAAGCCUGUCGUUUUUCUUCAUCCAAAAGAUUGUGGAGGUGUCUUGAUCGAGUUGGAACAAGAAUAA